AUGUGUGGAAAGGAGAUUCCUGUUAAAGCUAAUCAUAUGAUACAGUACUGUGUCAUUACCCUUAUCAUCAUGACUCCAGAGAAACUCGAAGGUCGCGGCCUCAUUCCCGCUCCUCCUGCCAGCCUUCCUGGCCGGCGGGAGUAUAAAAGCCCCGCGCUGCAGCCACGGCGUCAGUCGUCUCGCAGCGCACCCAUCACUAACAUGACUCGAGUUCUCUUCACCGUCGUGGUCCUGUCCCUCGUGGUCGCCUUGGCCGCCGCCGGUGGAUUUGGCGGCGGACACGGAGGCGGAUUUGGCGGUGGACACGGAGGCGGAUUUGGCGGCGGACACGGAGGCGGAUUUGGCGGCGGACACGGAGGCGGAUUUGGCGGCGGACACGGAGGCGGAUUUGGCGGUGGACACGGAGGCGGAUUUGGCGGUGGACACGGAGGCGGAUUUGGCGGUGGUGGAUUCGGAGGAUCUGGAGGCUAUGGAGGCAGAGGAUUUGGAGGUGGACAUGGAGGCUUCGGAGGAGGAUUCGGAGGCGGUCACGGAGGAUUCGGAGGCGGUCACGGAGGAUUCGGAGGCGGUCACGGAGGAUUCGGAGGUGGAUUUGGAGGACGAUAUGGAAAGUAAGCGCUUCGACGAUCUUUCACCUCCAGGAGGAAUGUAUAUUGAAAAGUGUAUUCCUAUUUUUUUUAUUAAAGUGUAAAUUCAA